AUGGGCCCCUGUACCGCCUCCUCAUGCUGCUGCCAGGCCCGUAAUCUGCCAUGGGCCCCCGUACCGACUCCUCAUGCUGCUGCCAGGCCCGUAAUCUGUCAUGGGCCCCUGUACCGCCUCCUCAUGCUGCUGCCAGGUCCAGAGUGUGUCAUGGGUCCCUGUACGGCCUCCCAUUGCUGCUGUCUCCAUCGCCACACUCUGCCAUGUGCCACUUUCAGGUCUCCUCACACUGCUGGUGGGUUCCAUUUUGUCAUAGGGUGCUGUAUGGCCUCCCAUUGCUGCUGCCUCCACCGCCACACUGUGGCUCCACACUCUGGUUUUGGCCCCGUGACUGCCCAAAUGAGUGAAGUGUGCGGUGAUUCUAAGAUCGACGGCACUCAUCUGCAUAUCAUAACUGACUGACAGUAUUAUUUCUCUUCCCCAGCAGACUCCAAGGGCAUUUAAAUUAAAGGUACAGUGUUCUGCACUAAUAUAA